AUGAAGGAUCAAGAAGCGGCGGGCGAAGCUUCAGAUUUGCCAAGUUCCUCAGCCGGUCUACCCGAAAAUGAAGCGGAAAAGCAGAGAACGCUGACUCCUACUGAGUUUUUGUGUAGCAGUUUAUACAACGAGAGAAAUCCUUUUUUUUCAGCAUCAAAAACAGAGGAGGAUGAAGGUGACCUUAAAUAUGACGCUCAUCAUGUGAUUACUGUUAUUUUGCCUGUUUCAUUUUGCAUGAUUACCGUGAUUUUAACUAUGAAUACUAUUGGCUAUUACAGUCAUACGCUGGUGUACCUGCCCUACACACCUUUUGUUGCUAAGACGGAUAAUGUUGGUGAACUGCUGUGGAAAUCAGUCUUGAAUGGACUUAUUUUUAUUUUUAUCGUAGCAACAAUGACUUUUGGGAUGAUACUUUUGUACAAGUAUAGAUGUUACACUGUAAGGGAGUUGGCUGAUUUUGAGCACAUUGGUGCUGUUGCUCGUAUUCUUUGGUAUUUACCUUCAGGCACUUUUUUUUUCGGUAAAAUUGACGUCUACUUAGAAAAAAAUGCCAAAAGGCUUAUAAUUGUGGUAGGUAACAGCAAAAAUUACUUUAACUUAAUAGUUUCUCUUUGGACAUUAUUCCUCUGGCCAAAAAACAAAGUUUUAAAAUUGCUUCCUUUUUAUAGAGAAGUUUUUAUAACUUCGAACAUUGCGGUCGACUAUCUCACAACAGCUUUUAUCAUUUGGAACUUUUCAGUAAUGGGAUUAAUGUGUAUACAUUGGAUCGGUCCUUUGAGAGCACAGCAGGUAUAUUUGGUCAUCAUUAGUGCGUUAAUGGCUCUCACUUUCAUCAAGUUUUUGCCGGACUGGACCGUAUGGGCUGUGCUUUUUUUGGUUGCUCUCUGGGACCUUUUUGCAGUUUUAAGUCCCAGGGGACCUUUGAGAAUUCUUAUUGAAAUAGCGCAAAAUAGAGGAGAAUCCCUUUUCCCUUCAUUGAUUUAUUCAUCUGCUAUGGUUUACCCUUAUAGUAUUAUUGGGACAGCUUUAACGACUUAUGAAACUCUUGCUCCUGAUGAAGGCUCGUCAGAUGAGCAGCAAACCUCUAGUUCUGAAACUGGUGAAUUGUUUUUACCAGCUGAGUCAGAUUCCCAAAGAAAUUCAAAUGCUACAGACGGUACGAAUCUUUUGUUUCAUGAAAAUCCAAAAAGUCAGCCAGUUCAUCGGUAUGCACCACAUCGUCACGUUAAAGUUACUAUUAAAGAUGGCGGUGAGGUGAAUAGUGCUAUAGUUCAGGACGAACCUAGUACCAGUGGUCUCCAUGCAAACGAAAGUUUGGGAAGUGUUUCUAAAAGAACUACCCGUUCGAAACUGAAGACUAAAGGUCCGAAAGAAUCCGCACAAGGAAAUAAAGGCAGUGAAAAUAAACCUGAAAACGAGGAUGAAGAAAGAGGUGUAAAAUUAGGGCUUGGCGAUUUUAUUUUCUACAGUGUGCUUGUUGGAAAAGCAAGCAGCUACGGUGACUGGAACACAACCGCAGCCUGUUAUGCUGGAAUUCUCAUUGUGAGCGAAGGUUUAUGUUUCACUUUAAUAUUAUUGGCGAUCUUUCGAAAGGCGUUGCCGGCUUUACCAAUUUCAAUUGCGUUUGGAUUAGUUUUCUAUAUCAGCACUAGAACAGUUAUAUCCCCUUUCUGUGAUCAAGUGUCUGCCAGACAAAUAAAUUUCUAG